AUGCAGAUAGCCGCUGAUAAAAAGUAUGCAAAACUAGCUCUGUCUGAUAAACAAUCGAAGAAUGAACCAAAUCCGUUUGAACUGGAGUUAACGUCAUUUGAUGACACCGCGAAGACAGCUGACAGCGCAGUUGACCAAAACAUUUUUAAUGUUAAUGAAGAAGACCCAUUAACAGAUGACAUCUAUUUAUCUAAUGAGGCAAAAUCUAACAGGUACAUGGCUUUCAUGAACAUGGCGAAUAGUAUUUUAGGAUCAGGAGUGAUAGGGCAACCUUUUGCGAUGAAAAAUUGCGGAAUCAUCGGCGGAUUAUUUGCGACCAUAUUAAUGUCCAUACUGGUUGAUUGGACCAUUCGUCUGAUUGUGAUCAAUUUGAAAUUAACCGGUAAGAGUACUUAUCAAGCAUCUGUAGAAACAGCAAUGGGUCAAUGGGGAGGACUUUUGAUUUUAGUAUCCAACGGCCUAUUUGCAUUUGGUGGUUGCGUUGGGUUUUGCAUUAUCAUUGGAGAUUCAAUACCUCAUGUUUUGAGCGCCUUUUUCCCUUCUCAUACAGAUCUUUUUCAUCGGAAUGUCAUUAUCACAUUGGUGACUUUGUUCAUAUCGUUUCCGCUAUCUCUUAACAGGGAUAUCUCCAAGCUUUCAAAGACAUCAAUGCUUGCACUUUUAGGACUUAUUGCAAUUGUUAUUAUCAUAGUUGUUAAAGCUCCACUAGUAAGCGGCGAAUAUAAAGGAACUUUCCAUUUACAUCAGUUGUUUAUUACACCAAGGAUAUUUCAAGGCAUUUCUGUGAUUUCAUUUGCGUUAGUAUGCCAUCACAACACGAGUUUUAUAUUUUUCUCGUUGAGAAAUCCCUCUUUAAAAAGAUUUAAUCAGUUGACACAUGUCAGUUUAAUUCUUUCUUGCAUCGUUUGCUUAACAACUGCUUACUCUGGGUUCCUUAACUUUAAAGACAAAACAGUGGGUAAUAUUCUUAAUAAUUUCCCUUCUGAUGAUAAUGUGAUUAAUUUUGCCAGACUUCUUUUGGGAUUUAACAUGCUUACUACGUUUCCUUUGGAAAUCUUCGUUUUGAGAGAUGUGAUAAGGGACAUAAUAUAUUACAACAAAGACGACCCUGAACCAGUAAAGUUAACGACAAAAAUGCAUGCCCUCAUAACGUCUGGUUUAGUUUUGAUUAUAAUGUGUAUCGCUUUAUCAACUUCUAAUCUUGGUGCACUUCUAGAAAUCAUUGGAGCAACAAGCGCUUCUCUCAUGGCAUAUAUACUUCCUCCACUCACUAAUUUGGUUAUAACAGGAAAAAAAAAAUCCUUGAAAGAAAAGUUACCUUAUUGCGGUUGUAUUGUAUUUGGUGUUAUACUCAUGUUCGUGAGCACCGCUCAAACUAUAUUAGAAGCGUUUGCGUAA